CCCGAAACAGAGAAUCGGUUGCGGGUUCACAUUACAGACGCGAAAAAUCCGCGGUGGGAGGUUCCGUACGACCUCCUCCCAAGGGAGCAAGCACCGCCGCCGUCGUCGGCAAACAACGUGGAGCAAUACGGCGUCGUAGUAGACGACGACUACAUGACAACCCACGGGGAGCUCGUCUUCAGCUACAUCCCCGACCCGUUCGGCUUUCUCGACCAGUACCUCGAGAUCUCCACCAAGCUGCCGGCGGAGGCGUCGCUGUACGGCCUCGGCGAUCACGUCCAGCCCGGCGGCGGGUUCAGGCUGACGCCGAGCCGGGAUCGGCCGUACACGCAGUACACGUCGGACUUGCCCGCCGACACUCUGAACACGGCGCUGUACGGGUCGCACCCGGUUUACAUGGACCUCCGAAAUUCGAACGGGUCGGAGCCCCGUGCCCAUGGGGUUCUGCUGUUGAACAGUAAUGGGAUGGAUGUUUUCUACGAGGGGGAUUCGCUGACGUAUAAGGUCAUUGGGGGAUUCCACCAGUCUAAAUGGGGAUACGAAAACAUUUCAGUGGUCGAACAAGUGAUUGAGAAUUAUAUGAAGACUGACAUUCCUCUAGACGUGAUAUGGAACGAUGACGAUCACAUGGACUACCAUAAGGACUUCACGAUAAGCCCCGAGAAUUAUCCUCUCGAGAAGCUCGAGUCCUUCCUGGAAAAGAUCCACAGUUUGGGAAUGAAGUACGUCGUGCUCACUAAUCCAGGAAUCAACGUCAACUCCACUUACGAGGUCUACCAGAGAGGCAUGACAGACGACGUGUUCAUCAAGUACGACGAACAACCAUACUUGGGCAAGUUAUGGGUCGGACCGGUCCAUUACCCGGACUUCCUCAACCCAAAGACCGUCUCGUGGUGGGAGGACGAAAUUCGUCGCUUCCACGACAUGGUCCCCAUAGACGGGUUGUGGCUCGACAUGAACGAACCUUCCAACUUCUGCCCUGGACUCUGCAAUUUCCCACUUGGCGACUGCCAUUCUUGGGAGUGUUGCCUCGUUUGUCGGAAGAUCAACGAGACGAAGAAGUGGGAGGAUCCUCCUUACAAGAUCAACGUGAUGGGAUCGAAAGAGUACAUCGGCUUACACACCAUUGCACCUAGCGCGGUUCACUACAACGGCGUGUUGGAGUACGAUGCACACAGCCUUUAUGCACUUUCACAAGCCAUUGCUACUCACAAGGCUCUUUCAAGCAUCAAAGGGAAACGACCGUUCAUCUUGUCGAGAUCGACCUACGUUGGAAUCGGGCAUUACGCGGCUCACUGGACGGGUGACAACACAGGGGAUUGGGACAAUCUCAAGUACUCCAUACCUGCGAUGCUCAAUUUCGGCAUCUUCGGAGUGCAGAUGGUUGGGUCGGACAUAUGUGGGCACUAUCCUGCUUGGUCGUCGUCUAUGGAGGAGCUGUGCAAUCGCUGGAUCGAGGUGGGCGCUUUCUACCCUUUCUCGAGGAAUCACGCAAACCUCUGGUCGCCGAGGCAGGAGCUUUACCUCUGGGAAUCGGUGGCUGAAUCCGCAAGGAAUGCUCUGUCGAUGAGGUACAAGCUUCUCCCGUUUCUCUACACGUUGAACUACGAGGCGCAUACUACAGGCGCCCCGAUUGCUAGGCCGCUCUUCUUCUCGUUCCCUGGAUAUGCAGAAAGUUACGGGAUCAGCACCCAGUUCUUGCUAGGCAGCAGCCUCAUGAUUUCGCCAGUGCUCGAGCAGGGGGAUACGCAAGUGAAGGCUCUGUUCCCUCCCGGUUCGUGGUACAACGUGUUCGACAUGUCAGAGAGUGUGGAAUCGAAGGGAGAGUAUUACACAUUGGACGCACCGUUGAAUGUGAUCAAUGUGCAUCUCUAUCAGAAUGCCAUUUUGCCGAUGCAACAGGGUGGGAUGAUCACCAAGGAUGUGAGGAUGACGCCGUUUAGCAUUGUGGUCUCAUUUCCUUUUGGAUCGUUUGUUGACGGAGGAGAAGCUAGGGGGAGGAUCUUCAUCGACAAUGAUGAGCUCAUCGAGAUGAGAUUGGGGAAUGGGGAGUCGACGGUUGUCGAGUUACGUGCCACGGUGAUCCAUGGGAAUGUGACGUUGUGGUCGGAAGUUGAGGACGGGGAGUUUGUGUUGAGUAAAGGUUUGAUCGUUGAGAAGGUGAGCGUGUUAGGAUUGGGUGGGAGUGGGGCGCCUCGCGAUGUUCGAGUUAACUGGAACCCGAUCUCUGCUGAUUCGAAGAUACAGGUGAGAUCAUCGGAACAGAGGCGCAUUGGGAGAGAUGACAGGGGAAGUAUGAGUAUGAUGGUAGAGAUCAGCGGGUUGGAAAUUCCAUUGGGAAACAACUUCACUAUCACAUUGAACAUGCUUGAAUCCUAA